UACCAUGAGGUCAACAUAUCAUUUGAAAAAUCACUAUUAAUAGACACGGGUUCUGCGGCUGCACUGAUAGCAGUUGAAUUUUCAAGGCGCAUUUUGUGAUUUUUUGAUAGAUUCACGGUUGCUAUUUGCUCUGCAGAACCAUGUCCAAGGGGCACAAUGAACACUUCAAAAGAAAAGACAUGAAUUAUGCACGCUUUCUCAACGCAGUGAGUGCUGCCAGAAGAGAAUCUCCCAUAAGAGCACUGACUGAUCGUUUGGCAACGUUGCCACCAUCUGUGAUAUCUCUUGCCGGAGGAGUUCCCAAUCCAGAUACUUUUCCUCUGAAAUCAGCCAGUGUGAAUCUGAGUGAUGGAACGAAGAUUGAUAUUGGGUCAACCUUGAUGAAGAGAGCUCUACAGUAUUCAGCAACAGCUGGAGUUCCGGAAUUAAUUACUUGGUUAAAAGAUCUUCAGAAGAAGUUGCAUAACCCACCAACAAUGACUUACAGUCCUGACAAAGGGAAAAUGGAGCUUUGUGUAACCUCUGGCAGCCAGGAGGGACUCUCUAAGGUAUUUGAAAUGCUUGUAAGCCCUGGGGACAAUGUUCUUUUAGAUGCACCAACCUAUUCAGGAACAAUUGCAGCGCUUAAACCAUUGGGCUGCAACCUCAUUGGUGUUCCAACUGACCAGCAUGGCAUUGUACCUCAAGCACUUAAAGAUAUUCUUUCAAAAUGGAGUCCGGAAGAUUCAGGCAAACCAGAAAAGAAAAAUCCCAAACUCCUAUAUACAAUUCCAAAUGGUGGUAACCCAACUGGAGCCUCUCUUAGCACUGAACGUAAAAUCGAAAUCUACCAGCUUGCUCAACAAUAUGAUCUAAUUAUUAUUGAAGAUGACCCCUAUUACUUUCUUCAGUUUAACAAGGAGUUUGCCCCUUCUUUCCUUUCAAUGGAUAUUGAUGGUCGGGUUAUCAGAGCUGACUCCAUGUCAAAAAUCCUGUCUUCUGGACUAAGGAUUGGCUAUGUAACAGGUCCAAAACCACUCAUUGACAGAGUCAUUCUGCACAUGCAAGUCUCAACAAUGCACACCAGUGCUUUCUCCCAGAUUUUAAUAUUGGAGUUGCUCAGUAAAUGGGGAGUAGAAGGCUUUAUGGAGCACAUUGAAGGUGUAAAAAAGUUCUAUCAGACUCAACGUGAUGCAUUACUUGCUUCUGCAGAAAAGUGGCUAACAGGUUUAGCAGAAUGGCACAGCCCAUCAGCAGGUAUGUUCUUGUGGAUUAGGAUCAAAGAUGUGCCAGAUACCCAUAAAAUGAUUAUGCAGAAAGCAAUUAGUAAAGAGAUUCUUCUGGUUCCUGGGUCAGCAUUUAAUCUAAACAGCGCAGAUUCCAGUUCAUAUGUAAGAGCCUCUUUCUCACUGUCCUCUCCAGAGCAGAUGGAUGAAGGUUUCAAGAGAUUGGCAUCCCUCAUUGUUGAAGAAACAAAGGCAAGAAGCUAAAGGCUAAAUGGGCACAUUUUAAAGAGAUACUGCCAUCAGAAUACAAAGUAUUUAGUUUUUCCUGAAUAAAUUUUAUCAUUUUGUUGCGUGAUCUUCGGCAAACAAUUUUACUUCACUUCAGAAAAAUAAUUCUAGCAGUAUUACUCCAAGUUAAUAGAAUGGACAAAAUACACAUACCUCAUCAAAGUCUAGUGUAAUAUUGGGAGAUCCACAGGGUCACCCCAUAAAGCUGCUGGAUACACCACUUAAGUAAUUUAUUGCAUAAGAUAUAGGAAUUUAAAUCCUUUUUAAUAAACCUGUGAAAAUGCCACCUCUCUAUCUGUAAUGUUUAUGUAUAAUAUUUAAAUAAUAUCAGAGUAGCAGUUAAAACCUCACAAAGUGCUACGUUAAAAGACUGCUCACCAUAAUAAAAAUAUAUAUUGAUACAAAAAA